AUGACUUCAUCUUUGAAUGGUGCAUUUUUCAAGGUUAAAUGUGGUUUAGAAUUAAAAGGUAUCAAAUAUGAAUACAUAAAAGAAGAUUUGAUGAACAAGAGCGAAAUGUUAUUGAAGUAUAACCCUGUUUAUAAAAAGAUACCGGUUUUUGUUCAUGGUGAAAAGCCAAUUUUAGAGUCCAUGGUUAUCCGUGAAUACAUCGAAGAGACUUGGCCGAACGAUUAUCCGUUACUACCGAAAGAUCCAUACGAGAAAUCGAUUGCAAGGUUUUGGAUUAAGUUCAGUGAUGAAAAGGGUAUGAUCUUUAGAACUUUUUUCAAAACACCAUCUGGUGAAGAACAUGAGAAGACCAAAGGAGACAUUAUGGAAAUACUGAAAACCAUAGAAGAACAAAGUGCAAUUGGAAAUGAUAACAAGUUUUUUGGUGGUGAUAAGAUUAAUGCUGUUGACUUGGCAUUUGCAUUUGUAGCUCACUGGUUUGAACCUAUGGAAGAAGUAGCAGGAGUGAAGCUUCUUGAAGCUCAUAAAUUCCCUAAACUGCAUGCCUGGACUGAAAGAUUCAAACAAAAUUCUGUGGUAAAAAAUAAUCUCCCAGACACUAACGAAUUGGUGGGUUUUUUCAAAGGUGUAAAAGAGUACGGGUACCUGACACCACCACCACCACCUCAAUAAGUUAUCUUUCUUAAAUCUCGGUUGAGAAACUGCAUCUACUGGCUUCUUGCUUUCCUUAACUAGUUGCAUUUUGAAUUUAGUGUGU